CAAAUAUCACGCGCGCGUAUAGUCGAAAGGAAAAUUGCGAGUUUUCAAGCCUGUAACAAAUUUUACUUCUGAGGCAGUGAACCCGUAAAAGUUACAAGUGUUGAGACUGUUAUGAUAAGUGGGAAGAAUUAAAAAAAAAGAUCCGUCGCGUUAAAUGCACUCGCAUCUUUUAGUUUUUUUGACGUAUAUUCGAAGCUUAUUUGUGGUUUUAAUUUUUAAUGGCGAUAGUACAAUAUUAGGAAAUAGAGAGCAGAGAGUAAGAUGCAGACAAUAAAGUGUGUUGUGGUUGGAGAUGGAGCUGUAGGAAAGACUUGUCUUCUGAUUUCAUAUACGACAAAUAAAUUUCCUUCAGAAUAUGUGCCUACUGUUUUCGACAACUAUGCUGUAACGGUAAUGAUAGGCGGUGAUCCAUAUACGUUAGGAUUAUUUGAUACCGCUGGCCAGGAGGAUUAUGAUAGACUUAGACCUUUAAGUUAUCCGCAAACAGAUGUAUUUCUGGUCUGUUUCUCAGUUGUUUCACCGUCGUCAUUUGAAAAUGUUAAAGAGAAGUGGGUUCCAGAAAUAACUCAUCAUUGUCAAAGGACUCCGUUUCUUCUAGUUGGUACUCAGAUUGAUUUACGAGACGAUGUUGCUACUAUAGAGAAGCUUGCAAAAAAUAAGCAGAAACCUAUUUCAGCAGAACAAGGAGAGAAACUUGCAAAAGAGCUCAAAGCUGUGAAAUACGUAGAAUGUAGCGCUUUGACACAGGUUUAAAAAAUGUAUUCGACGAAGCUAUAUUGGCAGCAUUGGAGCCUCCAGAACCAGUGAAGAAAAGAAGAUGUAUGCUUUUGUAAAGCAUUUUACUGAUUUUGCAAUACAGUGUCCCUGACUAUGAAGUAACAACAUUAAAAUGUAUCAGGUGAUUAUCUCCUCUGUAGUAGAUUAACGAUAGGAGGAAAUCGCGUCUAUACGAAUGUUAAGACGUAAAAAGAAGUAUUCAUUGGAGGGGCGUAUUAGAAGCCGCUUAUAUGAGCGCGACAACUGCGGUUUGCCUAUGCGUUUCCUACAUUUGACUAUUUUCAUCUGUGUAUACAUUCCAUAAAAUAAUCUUAUAUCUUGGCCUUAUUUGUUUUUCUUUUUUUUCUUUUUUUUUUUAAAUAAGAUUAACAAUGUUAACGUCGACAAGAUCGGAUAAUCCUUGUUGAAAUGCAUAGCACAAAGAAUAUAUUUUCUUUUCUUUUUUGCUUUUUACUUUGAAAAAAGUAUAUCUGCACAUUGAACAUCCUCGAUUUUUGAGAAAAAGUUGAAUAAAAAUCAUUAACGAAUAUAGAUAUGCCAAUCUUUGUUUUAUCUUACGAUUAACAAAUUGGUGCUAUCAAGUUGAUAUAUUGAUAAAAAGUGCAAAGGAUUACACAAAGUCAGAAUUUUUUAAAUUUAUCAUAAAAUUCAUCAUGGUAUCAUUCAUUUGAUAAUAUUUUCAAAUUCAAUGGUUUGUUUUUUAAAGAUGAACGCCGGUAUUUAAAGUUUUAUAAAGAGUCUGUAAGAUAUCUGUUGGCAUAGUAAUGAGGGAAUCGUAGCGAAUCGUAGCAUCGACGAUCUCUUUGGACAAUCGUCAAAAAGUUUAAAGAACGAGUCGAUUCGGUCUUGCGUCGGAAGAAGAAAGGAAACGCUAAGAGACGCUUCGAUUCUCUUGCAUAUAAGUACGUUAUUAAAAUAUAUAUCUGCCGACGUAUUAAAAAAACAAUAUGCAAGCAAACGAUAAUAUCAGAAAAUUGUUCUAGACGUUUCGCGUAUGGCAGCUAAGUUCGGUCGCCAAACUUCUCCAACUCUUGGACAAUUUAAUUACAUUUGAGCGAUGCGAACAUAUUUUUUAGUAUACUACAGAUUAUCGUUAUGUGUUAUCAUAUAAAUAAGCGACGACAGAAAAUUUACAGUACUCUUACCUUAUAAGAUUAAUGAUAUUUUAUCGAUCAAAUGUAUGAACUGUGCACAUGUCUAAGAUAUUAGCGAACUGUGUAUAGUUUUUACUAUAAACCAUUCAUCUUUUUCCAUCGUUUUUCAAUUUUAUGUACUGCGUACAUCGACGCAUCACGCGUCGUUACUUUAGACGGAGAUACACACGAUCGGUUAUCGUUGAAGGACAUGGUACGUUAUUACUCCUAUUCGAAGGACUAUCAACUAUCUUAUUAAAAUCGUGCGGUAAGUCACGGUAGACACACGUUAAGUUAAUAAUUCUUAAAACAAGUAUUACAUGAAAAAUCUUUUAAUGACUUUUACACUAUGAAUCCAGUUGGAGAUAAUUGCAUUUAUUAGCACUGUACUGUGUCGGAAUAUGUAGACACAUUCGUAUUAAAAGAAAAAAGAAAAGAAAAAAAAACUAUUCGCAUAAAUAUAUUUAUACCAUGUAA